UCAUUAGUUUUCAUGUAGGAUUCCACGGCAACUCGGUGCCCAGUGUCCACCUGGCAACCUUCACUUCAUCUCCGACCUCUCCUGCGCUAUUCCUCCCAGCCACCUCACCUUACCAGUCUCGCGCUGGCAGCAGUGAGUGGUAAUAAGAUCUGCAUUCAAUCUUCUGAUAUAAGCUGCAUAAGAAGCCAAGAUGUCGUCUGCAAAUGACCGAGCCAUCCUCAACUCUAUCUUCAACCCGCUGCUGCCUGUGGGCGAAUGUGUCUACGAAGAAAACAUCCCCGAAGAUUUGCGAGACAAAGAGGAAGCGACACCCGAGACUGAAGAAGCAAAACAACUGGAGCUUCAAGGAGUAAAGUCAGCUGAGACUGGAGAUGUGGCAGCAGCCCUGGCAUCUUUCAAUAAGGCUAUAGAAGUGGCUCCAAACAGAGCCUCCAGCUAUAACAACAGAGCUCAAACUCUUCGGCUGAUGGGGAAGGUGGAGGAGGCCAUGGCAGAUCUAGACACAGCAGUGCAGCUGUCACGGGGACUGGGACGUGCAGCAUGCCAAGCAUUCACACAGCGGGCAAUGGUUCAUCGCCUCCAAGGCCAUGAUGACUUAGCACGUGUUGACUUCCAGGAAGCUGCUAAUUUAGGCUCAGAAUUUGCUAAAGCACAGCUGGUGCAAAUGAAUCCUUAUGCAGCCUUGUGCAACAAAAUGUUGCAUGACGUCUUCAGCAAGCUGCAGCGAGGGGAGUGUGGUGGUGUGUAAGACUAUUCUCUGCUUAGUGACCUACUCUUUGGUUUGAUAAUGAACAAAUAGACAAUGCUAUAUGUAUCUGUAUAGCAAAUUACAAUGUGUGUGUGUGUGUGUGUAUAUAUAUAUAUAUAUAUAUAUAUAUAUAUAUAUAUAUAUAUAUAUAUAUAUAUAUAUAUAUAUAUAUAUAUAUAUAUAUAUAUAUAUAUAUAUAUAAAAGUAUCAUUAUUCCUUCUCAGUGUCCUUGAGUAUGUGAAAAUAUUAAUGUACUUUAGUAUCAUACUUUGAUGAAAAAGGGCAUGAAAUAAAUUUUUGAAAUAAAAUAUUGCAUUUUAAUAAUUACAAAAUAAUACCCCUUGACACAUACAAAACAGAAUGUGGCUGGCAGCUCCCAGGCACAGUAUUCACUUAGUUUUAAUAUCAGUCAGGAAAUUAAUAACAUCCUACACUGUGGUCCUGUGUGUCUCCAUUCAAUAGUUUCAUUAAACAUCUUCCAUUUCAAAGUACUACAUUUGCUAUAGAAUAUUUCACAUCGAUAAGCCUCUGACAUAAAUACUUUGGUUAUGUGAGUUUCCCACAAAUGCCUAUCUCUAGACAGAUCUAGAGACACAAGAGGAUGACAUUUGUGAAAACUCACCAAUACCUGUGUCUCAAAAUGUGACUACUUGUAUGAUGCCAAGGACAAUGAUGAGUGAAAUUCAGUGACUGAAAUAAUGAUACACUGGAUGUUAAAUAAUAUUUGUGCAAUUCAGUCUGGGUGAAAGAUCGAGGAACAGAAUCCACAUGCAUGCCCAAUACUGUGUUAUCCCCACACCUUAGCUAGUGACAUAAAUACCCAUGUAACAUUUACUGAGCAACAGAGAUGUGCGAUCCUUUACCUCAAAAUUCUUGCAAACAUGAAACUUGAAGGAUAUUUGUUUCAUGGAUCAACAUAAAUGUUCCGUUCAGGGAACUCGUGUCUUGGUAAGUUCACGACCUGGGCACAACCUUGCUCUCCUCUCUAUGUAUUCUUAUCAUAAGCUGGUCAGGUUUCACUGGAGAUGGUGGGACUUAACAAUCUUUUUAUGAGAUAUAACAUCCAACAGCACAUUUUCUAAAACCUUAUACCUGUAUUCACUGAAUAAUAUCACAUUUUGAAAUCCCUAAACUAUGCAGUAGAACACAUAUGUAUAAUCUCAAAAAAUAAAUAGGACUUCCUUUUUAAUAUUAAGAAAUAGUAUCAACAAAUAUUAUUUUCAUGUAUCUGACCAUUAUUCUUCAAUGCUUAGCAAAUGUUUCAGAUAUUCAAGUUCAAAUAAUGUGAAAUUUGAAUGAGAUUACUUUUAUGUUAUAAUAUAAAACACUGACCAUCAUGAACUCUGGUGGCAUCAUACCUUUUAAGUACUACAUAAAUUAUUAUUCCCUUAGGAUCUGGACGUUUCCUCCACCUCAGAACCUUCCUCUGUAUGUUCUGCCUUCACCUCCUCUACACAACUCCCUUUCUCUGGUUCAACUACAUCUUCCUUCUCUACUAUUUCAAAGGCUUGUGAAUUUGAAUUUUCUGAGUCAGUCUCACUUGCAGCAGUCUGCUCCUCACCAGCAGUUCUGUGAAGCAAAACACAAUGAUAGAAACUUAUAGAGGUCCAUUUUGUUUUUACUUCAUCUAAGUUUUUAACUGGUUACAAAGCUUUAAUAAAAGACCACUUGCAAAUCUUUCAGAGAAACUUUCCCAGUUAAUAAUCAUAUAUAACAAAACUGCCUAAAAAAUUCACAAUUUUUCAUAUACAAAGCUGGGUUAUUGGAUCACAACAUCUUAUAAACUGUGCAGAUCAAAGCUAACAGUUUAAUAAAAAAAAAAUAUAUAUAUAUAUAUAUAUAUAUAUAUAUAUAUAUAUAUAUAUAUAUAUAUAUAUAUAUAUAUAUAUAUAUAUAUAUAUAUAUAUAUAUAUAUAUAUUUCAACAAUAAUACAGUCAGUCCUCCUCUAAUGUAAUUAUUUUCUUUUGGAAGACCAUCACAUUAGAGAAAUAUCACAUUAGAAGGCCUCUUGAAACCCCUUAUUUUCUUCUUCACCCCCACCCUAAGUCACAUUUUUUAGCCAGUUUUUGGUAAUGUUUUGGCAUCAAAAAUACAGUGUGGAUAGUUGACUCCUUUACAUUAAAGGACCUCCCUAUCGCUGUCUUCUCUCCAGCAUCAAUCCUAUGUAUUACCUCCAGCUUCUCAUCCAAGGUGAGGUGGGUGUGUUUGCGAUGAGGUAGCUGGGGUGCUGGGAUUGGAGUUGGGAUGGUCUGCCAUUGCAGCAAAGGGUUACACAGACCACCUAGGGUGGUGUCACACAAUGUGGCAGAGCCGUUUCAGUGAAAAGUGUCGUUCAAUUUGAAUGAGUGAUUCAGGAGUCUUACUUCACUACUACUCCUGAGUGAGCCACUGAGAAAUAGUGGCAUGCAGGCAAGUGUUUUGAAUGUGAAAAAGUUGCAUUAGAGUGCAUCUUGGUCCCUUAAGGAGGAACUUUUCUUCAGCAAUUUUAGGCCACAUUAAGUGAAUCAUGUUAAAGAAACUCACAUUAGAGGAGGAUCAACUGUACAUACAUUUUAAUGUGUUGACUGACACAGUGUAAUAAUGAUACAGUGUGAUGCAAAACGGUAGUGACAAUAAAAACACUAACUGACCUGUCUGCAUCUGUCUCUGGCUUGUCAGUCUCUGGUGCUGUGUCUUGGCCAUCUACUGUGUCUUCCCCAUCAGACUUUUUAUCUUGGUCAUCAUCAUCUACCUCCAAUGUUACCUUCUUUUUCUUUUUUUUCUUCUUUUCAUAGCCUUUACCUCGGUAUUCGUACUGAAACAGUAAAUGGUGGGUGGUGCUGUGCUCAGUGAAGGCUACUUUCAACUGAUACUUUUGGAACAACUACUCGGACCAAAAGUGUUAUGAUAUCCUAGACUGUUGUACAACACAGAUUUGAAAACCAAUAAAAAAUAUGGCAAAA